CAGAAGAAACAACACCUCCUCCGCCUCCCAAAUAAAAAAAAAAGUUUUAAAGGAAUAGUCAGUGGGCUUCUUGCAAAGAAAGGGAAGCUUGCUCAGCCUUCGACGAGUUCAUGUGGUACAACAGUAAGCUCGCACAACGAACUUGGUAUGUACCAAGGGGUGCCAUGCGAUUACGACGAAGACGACGUGGAGUUUGACGUCCUCGGGUGGUGGAAGCGGAACGAACACAUGUUCCCAUGUCUUGGAAAGCUAGCAAGACAAGUGUUGUCCGUCCCGGUAUCAACCGUAGCUGUGGAACGAAAAUUCAGUGCUGGCGGCAACAUUCUAACCGACUUUCGAAGUUGUCUUAACGCUGAAUCUCUUGAAACACUUGUUUGCAACCAAGAUUGGCUCUUGGCAAGAUGGCGAGCUCAAGAGUCAGGGUACGAAUUCAAUUCGGAGCAUUACAUGAAUGUAACCACAGAUGGAAGUCCGAGUUAUGAGGAAUAAGUUAUAAACGCUUUUUUAUGUUAAUUUAAAUAUGUAAUUAGUUUUUUUAGGUAAGCGGUAUAUAAGCUCCUUCGAGGGUUUCUUUACGGUUCUUUACCUCGUCGCUUUUUUGAACUGUUAGGAUAUUAAAUGUAGUUGUUCUUC